UCCGUAGAAGAAGAAGAGUCACUCAGCGUAGCGGUGCAUGGUGUCCUUGCUAGCUUGAAUGUUGCAAUAAAACUAAAUAAAAACUGUCCCUGUGGGAAGAGGAACUGUCUGUUUUGCAACCUCCCGAUUGAACUGUGAAAAGGAAACUUAUCCGUCAUGCCCCUUCAUAAAUACCCCCCUAAAUUGUGGGAUGCUUUGAGACUAAAGCAGGGCAUCUACGCCCGUCUCCCUAAACACUAUCUGAAGUCCCUUGAACAAAAAGAGCCCACACCGGUUCACUGGAGGCCCCUCGGGGUCCAGCACAGAGCAAACCCCAAGACUGGGCUGAAGGAGCGCGUGCAGGACGUCCCGAUCCCCAUCUACUAUCCCCCACAGUCCCAGGAUGGCCUGUGGGGUGGAGAGGGCUGGAUAACUGGCUACAGAUAUGCCAACAAUGACAAGAUGUCCAACCGUCUGAAGAAAACCUGGAAACCACAGCUGCUUAAGAGAGAGUUCUACAGCGAGAUCCUGGACCACAAGUUCUCCAUCACAGUGACACCUCGCACUCUGGACCUGAUCGACGCUGCCUUUGGCUUUGACUUUUAUAUCCUGAAAACACCAAAAGAGGACCUGAACUCUAAACUGGGGAUGGACCUGAAGAGAGCAAUGCUGCUCCGCCUGGCACGCAGAGACAAGGAGCUUUACCCCGACGACCCGGCCAAAAGAGAGACCAUCUACAACAGAUACAAGCAGCAAUUUGAGAUCCCAGAGGAGGAGGCUGAGUGGGUGGGUCUGACUCUGGAGGAGGCCGUGGAGAAACAGAGGCUGCUGGAGCACAAGGAGCCGGAUCCUCAGUUUAAGGUCUUGGUGGAGAAGCUUGUGCAGGAGCUCGAAAUGAAGAAGCUUAUGGAGCCACAUGUUACAGAGAAGAAGUGAUCAUCUGAACUGGACGGAGACAGAAGCCCAAAGCGGGUUUAACUAUCCAGAUUCCUCAGACGGGGAUUAAGAGUUUGCGUCAUAAUGCUUCAGCAGUGAAAGCAUACUGAAGAGACGUUCAAUCAAGUUGAAGUAUAACAAAUGGAAAAGUCCUGAGGGAAAAUGAAACACUUCAGGAACCAGUGGGAAGAGACAUGGUGUAAAUACUCCCAACCAGCAGAGAUCUAUGACCACAUAUGUAUAAUAUCUUAUUGAAUAAAGUCUUUCUUUUUUUUUUACUAGAA